AUGGCUGCAGCUUUAGAAGGAACAUCCGUCACCUAUGAGGAUCUCGCUGAUCUCGAGCGCGAGUUCGAGGAUGUUGAGACGGAAAUCAUCCGUCAACAAGUCGCCUUAUCAGCCCCCCUCUACGUAAAGCGCACCGCAACCGUCUCAAAGAUCCCCAACUUCUGGCCUCUAGUCCUGGAGCAAGCCCCGCCAGACAUCGAUCAGUACAUCCAACCCUCCGACUCCGCGCUACUUCUCUCGUCUCUAACCUCCGUCUCCGUCUCCCACUUCGAGAUCGAUCCCGCAUCACCCAGCAAAAGCGAUGCAGGCGAUCCCCGCUCCGUAAGCAUCCGCUUCGAGUUCUCUCCCAACGACGGUUUUUCCGAUUCCGUACUGGAGAAGAAAUUCUGGUAUCGGCAGUCGAAAGAUGGAUGGACCGGCUUGGUCAGUGAGCCGGUGCGCAUACAUUGGAAAUCAGCCGAUAAAGAUCUCACGGGGGGGUUGCUGGAUAUGGUUUGUUCGGCUUGGGAGGCGGAAUUGAAAUCCAAAGCCAACCCAUCUAAUGGAUCCACCUCUGGAAAAACGUCGAAGAAAUUAUUGCCUGAGCAUGAAGCGUUGAGGAAGAAGAUCGAGGGCACGGGAAUGGGUGGCCUGUCGUUCUUCGCGUGGUUUGGAUUUAUUGGGCCGAGGGUUGGCGCGGAGGAGAGUGCUGAGGCCAAGAAGCUGGACAAGGAGAGGAAGGGGAAGAAGGAUUCGUCGCCUCCUGAGGAGGCCCAGAUUGAGGAGGGGGAUCAGGAAGACGAGGAAGAGGAGCUCUACAUGGAGUUGGAGAUCUUCCCUGAUGGAGAUGAUCUCGCCAUUGCGUUUUCGGAGGAUUUGUGGCCUGGCGCUAUCAAGUAUUUCACACAAGCACAAGAACAAGAUGCCCUUUCGGACUUGGACUUUGAGUCUGGCGAUGAGGAUCUCGGCGACUUGCUUGGCGAGGUCCAGCCCUCAUCCGACAGUGAGGAUGAGCCGCCAAAGAAGAAACAAAAGUCCUCGUAA